AUGUGGAUUUUGGCAGCGUCAUGCUCUAGGCAAUUCCAAAGCGUUUGUGAUCUACUGUAUAAUGAUACUCGCCAGAUGCUGGAGGUCAUAGAUACCAGCGAUAUUGAUAUUGACGGCCUCGAGAUUGAACAGGUUCAAGCUUGGAUUCUGCUUGUGCUAUACGAGGUUACCAGGAGUCAUUCACGACGCGGUUGGAUAAGUGCAGGUCGUGCUUUUCGACUGGUUCAGCUUAUGCGCUUGUUUGAGGUAGACGGAACGGAUAUGAUGCUGUCAAUGUCAACUACGGAAGAUUGGGUCACACUCGAGGAGAAGAGGCGGACAUUUUGGAUGGCAUAUCUACUGGAUCGAUUUAUCAGUGUGGAAAAUGGACUACCUCUCACAUUAAAUGAGCAAGUAAUUCUCACACGAUUGCCUACCAGUGACGUCGAAUUCCAAAGUGUGCAACGUGUACAAAUGGGAUUUUUGUCUGAGGAGAUCACUGCAACAAUUCCCACGAUUAUGUCGCCAUUUACUGAAUGCAUCGUCCUUGCCACUAUCUGUGGAAGAGCAUUGCUACACAAACACUGCGCCUCUGUUGAGCGUGUCUAUGGUCAUACAUCUAACGAUUUCUGGGACCGACACCACUGGAUUGAUAAUAUUUUGACUCAGAGGAUCACGAUGUUGAGCAUGAAAUAUCCUCCAGCAUCUCAAAACAUUGAUCCCAUGCUUAUUUUUACCGAGAUGGUUGCCAACACAGCGAUUCUCUUUCUUUAUAAAAUUAUUAAUCUGAUGCCAUGUCAGACUAUAACAAACUCAACAAACGUGAUAGAAUAUAAAAAGCGAGCAGUGAAGGCAGCUGGUGAGAUUGUCAGUAUCACAAGGGCUCUAUCUUUCUUUACCCAAGCGAAGAUACACCCGUUUACCCCAAUAUGUCUUUAUAUUUGCGCGGAAUUCUUUACGCUACAUCGAGAAGACGGUGCUCACUCUUACUUAGAUCCACAACUUCAUGAAAUCAUGGAGGCCUUGCGAAAUCUGCGAUCUGUGAAUAAUCUCGCUCGAAACUUCCUAUUGAUUCUGGAUCCGAUGUCUAGUCCAUGUUUCUCAAGCAGUAAACCGAUCACGUUAGGCUGUGAGACUGUGGAUGGUAGCCAGUUUUCAUUCGAUCUCUCAUCGUUUAGUUUCCCGUCCCAUACGGACCUCGUUUCUAUGGACUUUUCAAAUACCAUAGAUGAUAGGCAGGUAGGAUUUGAGUGGCGGAUGGGCAAUUAA